AUGGCACGUAUUUUUAUUACCCAAGGUCCUACAUACGUUCAAAAGUUUAGAACCACAAAUGAAGGAUUUACUAUACUACACUUAUUACUUUCUCAUUAUUGGAACCUGGCUCAAUUACAAGAAACGUUAAUUCUGAUGAUGUUCGGAAUUGAUAUUGCAGAAUAUCCCAUUUACAGAACAUAUGAUAUUAACCAUUUGCGGACAUGCUUAUUCAAGUAUACAGAAAAUAGUAAAAUAGUUAUACCCGAAGUCUUGCCUAUCGUAAUUGACAUGUGGAAUGAAGCAAGGAAAGCAAUCGAAACACCAUACGCUAAGUAUUCAAAUAUACCAACAUUAAAGCAGCCAUCACGAUUUAGAAGUAAUAGUGUCAAUAUCAAUAUAAAGGAAAAUAACCCAACAACUUCUGCUUCCCGCCAACAAAUAUCUAAUAUCAUAAACGAUUUUAUACAGCUCUUCAACGAAUUAUAUAAUAAUAGGUUAUCUUUUAAAGAAGCAUGUAACAAACAGGAUGUAGCGGAUUGUCUCGUUUCUAUCUUAUUUCCUUGUAUAUGCACCACACAUCAAAUGACAGCAGAAGAUGAAUUAAGUUCAAAGGAUAUUGUUAUAACUAAUUUUGAUAUAGAGCACGUUAAUUCUCCUACAUCAUCUGUAUUAUCACCAGUUGAUGGUGCAGAACGUUUUGGCAGAACCCUAGAAGAUGAUGUUACUUCAAUUGAUAGUACAAAUACAAAUUCUAGCAUUAUUAAGCGAGGUGGAACAUCAGCAUUAAUGACUAAAACAUCACCUCAUGUCAGUAAACGUAUCAAUCCAUUGAUGACAAGAUUAAAGCUUGCUUCAUGGAGUCAUACCAAUAUAAUAUCAGUUAAUAUUAAAAGUAUACAAGAACCUUUUGUAAACUUUUUACUAAACUUUAUAGUGGAUAUUUGUGUUCAAUCUAUUAUUGAUCCGUUAAGUAAACAACUAAAUGGCCUUGUCCUAGUUUUAUCAGCUUUCCCUCCUAGCUUUCAUGAACAGCAGCUUCAGUUUGAAAGUUAUAUUAUGACACAUAUUUUACAAAAUUUGAAAAGUACAGUCCAGUUAGACAUAAAUUUACUUUCAGAUCCUCGUAUAUUAUCCAACAUUGCGAAGUUUACACAAAUAGCAGCUGAUGCUGUUAUUCAAGGCCGAUUUAAAGAAGGAGGCGCUGAGCAAACAUAUGAUUUGUUAGCCACCAUAUUGGAAACUUUAUAUAUAGAUAAUCAAUAUGGAACGAAUGAUGCUUCUGUCAUUACUUUGUAUCGUUCUUUCAAUAGAAUGAUUCAAGUGAAAAUGUCUGAUUUAAUAGAAUAUAACGACACAUCAAAGACAGCUGCUUUUUUGGAUCAUUGUGUUCAUUAUCAGAAAAUUAUAUUAAGCAUAAAAAAUACGGAUAUAGAGUUUUUCAAAUGCUUCUGUUAUCAUCUUUAUCGUUUCCUCUUAUCUGACGAUGAAUUAAUUAAAGAUUCGGCAGUAAAUAUAUGGAAACUGUUAGUAUUGCAAAAACCUGAUACUCUUUCAACUAUAUUUGACACCCGAAUUAAGGGAAUAGAGGCAAACGACCUUAUGGAUGGUUUUAAACAAAUACUUGAAAUGAAUAAUGAAUGUUUUUAUAGAUGGUUAGACUCUCGCAAAGUUGAACUCAACAUUUUAUUCAACGAACAUAUUAGUAAAGCAUGGGGAACUACUAUUAUGCAAGAGCAAAAAUAUAGUAAAGAAACGUUUAAAAACUAUAUAGCAAGACGCAUUAAUAAGCUUAAAAAGAUUCAAAGACGAAAAGUGUAUGAACGAGAUAUCAUGUUAGAAUAUACUGAUAAGACCCUAUCUUGGUCUCUAAAUAUUCAGGAGGUGGAGAUGAGUCGAUUUACAAAGGCACUUCAGGAUUUCAAUGAGCAUGAAAAUUUUGUACAAAGUGAAUGGUCACGUAUUUCAUCCGAUUUAAUGAGAGAGAGAGCUAUUUGGGGCCCUGAAAAAGCUUAUGAUCUUAAAUGGCGACUAGAUUAUACUGAAGGUCCCAAUCGUAUGCGAAAGAGAUUAAAGACAAUCUCUAAAACAGAUUAUUCUUCUUAUAUGCCAAAGCAGGCAAUAACAUCGACGACUACUAGUCCUUCUAUAUCAGUCAAAGCGACUACUGCAAUCAAUAGUAAUACAGAAAAAUCUGAUACUCAAGCAGAUAGAAAGCUUCAUGUUACUGACGAUGCAUCCAUUAGUCAACAAGAUGACCAGCCUAUUACUGAUGAUGAUAGUCUUGAUAAGGUCAAUAGUGAAGACGAUGAUCAACAAAUAUUAUAUGAAGAAGAUAAAAAUCGUAAAGUUUUACGUUUGCUUGAUCCAGGAGAUAUGGUCAUGGACGUCUAUAAUAUUAGUCAAAUUGCUGGUUUGGAUGCUUGUGAGGGCUUACUCCUACUUUGUAAGAAUAAUAUUUAUCUUAUUGAUAACUUUUUCCAACGUGCUGAUGGCGAAGUAGUUGAAAUAUGGGAUGUACCUAAACAAGAACGUGAUCAAUACUUACUGUUAGUUGCUCAAGCAGCUGGUGUAGAAACAGAACCCUUUAUUAGCUCUUCGGGUGAUCUUCAUACUUGUCGAAAAUGGGCCACAAACGAUCUUCGUGAUGUUUUUAAGCGUCGUUUCCUUUUCAGAGAUGUAGCACUUGAAAUGUUUUUUAAUGACGGCCAAAAUGCGCUUAUCACGGUUGCUCUAUCUGAACGUGAUGAGCUAUACUCUAAACUGGUAAGCCGGGUCCCUGUUCAUGAAGAAUCUGGAGGUACAGUUUUUGGUAGAGGAAUAGACAACUCCAUAACAUCUGGCUUGAGUAGUACAUUUAGAUUAUCUAGCAUUUUUGGGACUUCUACUUUAAAUGAACUUACCCAACGCUGGGAACGUCGAGAAAUAACCAACUUUCAGUAUAUUAUGUAUUUAAAUGCAAUUGCAGGACGUUCUUAUAAUGAUUUGACACAAUAUCCGGUUUUUCCGUGGAUUUUAGCUGAUUACCAUAGUGAUGAGCUUGAUUUAGAAGAUCCCAAGUCGUUUAGAGACUUAACACGUCCUAUGGGUGCGCAAACAGCUGAAAGGAGGAAAGAGUUUGCUGAACGUUAUAGACAGUGGGGAGAAACGGGUGAUCCUGCACCUGCUUUCCAUUAUGGAACUCAUUAUUCAUCUGCAAUGAUUGUUUGCUCGUUCCUAAUUCGACUGGAGCCUUUUACACAGCAUUAUCUUAAACUACAGGGGGGUACAUUUGAUCAUGCAGAUAGAUUAUUUGAUUCUAUCGGUAAAGCUUGGGAGUCUGCUUCUGAGAAAAACAUGGGUGAUGUAAGAGAAUUGAUCCCAGAAUUUUUUUAUUUACCUGAAUUUCUUAAGAAUGUUAACAAAUUCAACUUUGGCGUUAAACAAGGAACUGGUGAAGCGAUUGAUUCGGUCUCAUUGCCUCCCUGGGCCUAUGAUGAUCCCAAAAUAUUUAUUCACCGUCAUCGCGAAGCAUUGGAAAGUGAAUAUGUUAGUGCUAAUUUACAUCACUGGAUCGAUUUAAUCUUUGGCUAUAAACAACAAGGGCAACAUGCAAUCAACUCCUUGAAUGUUUUUCAUCAUGUCUCAUAUGAGGGUGCAGUCGAUUUAGAUUCAAUUACUGAUAUAGUUGAAAAGACAGCUACUAUUGGUAUUAUUAAUAACUUUGGUCAGACCCCUCGACAACUUUUCAAACGUCCACAUCCGACAAGGUCACCCAAGGUAACAAACCCUAUUACUAUGGGUUACUAUGUUUUCCAAGAACAUCUUGAUAAAUUAGUCCAGUCACUUUUACCAGUACUGCCUCCAGAUGGUUUAAAAUAUGUUGAGUGGGGAUUUACAGAUAAUAGUUUACGACUUUAUUCUACAGAAACUGGAAAGGUUAGUAUUUUUUUUUUAAAUAAAUGGAUAGAAGAUAAACUAAUAGAUUAUUAUUAUUAG